AUGGCAUCAUGGAAAAUGCCGUACAAAACCAUUGUUGGCUUUCAGCCCAUAGGGUCAUCAAAUCCACAGUUCCUCUUCGUCCCAAAAGACCGCAAUAAAAGCCAUGAGAGGUCAGGAAAAGAAUUCUCAUGUACUUGUACAGAGUGUAAAAAAGCUCCAAUACAUCUUGUGGUAUCUGGACUUAAUGUUCUGGUUGAACAGAUCUUUGAAAAGGAUUUUAAACUUCCUAUUUUGACUUCAAGUGGUGAUAUUCUCGUCUGA